ACAGUUUACUGGGUCCUUCCUUUUUCCUCACCAAAUAGCAGAGAGUGAAAGAGGAAAAAGGGGGCUCCUUUUUUUGAUUACUCCUCACCAAUAUUUCUUCUCUAUGAAGAUUUUUAGUGUGAAAAGAAGCAGCAUAUCCAUGUCUGUGGUCCAUGAAUUAUUUGGGCAGAUGGUUAGGAAGAAAAAAGACAAACGGCUUAUUACGUUUACUGAUUUUGAUAUAAAAAUCUCGACUUUCAGUCUUGGGCUAAUGUUCGAUUGAUAAAAUAUUUAUCUGAUUGCUGCCGGGAUCCUGUCUAUUAUGGGGAGUAACGUUGCCUUUAGAGUAAUUGACUUAUUUCUUAUUUAAUUUUUGGGUUUUUACUAAGAUUUUUGAGGUAUUGUGGUGAAAUGAAUGGUUGUACAAGGGGUAGCUGUUUAUGGUUCCAGGGAGCCUUGUAAGUUUGGCUUUUCUGGUUGCAACAUGGAGUAUUUGGGAAAGAAGAGAAAAGGGGCGGAGGUUUUAGUUGUUAGGAAAAAAGAACUGUCACUGACUUCGCUAGAGAUAUCUCUCUCUCAUUUGUCAUUGAAAGAUUACUCAAGGAGGAAGAGGAAGUGCAAGGAAUUUAUAGAGAAAGGUGAUGUUGGUGCCGGAUUGAAUGUAGUUCCUGGAGUGGUCACUGCUCCUCCUUGUGGUGGUAGUGCUUGUCUGGACCCUCCAGCUAGGGGACUCAAAAGGAAAAUUGGGUGCAUUGAUUCGGCCACUCAGUUGGGGAGGAAGAAGAAGAUUGAUCAGGAAUAUGAAUUAGGGAAAGUUAUAGGACAUGGGAAGUUUGGAUAUGUGAUGAUUUGUACGAGCAAAGUGAGUGGGGAGCAGUUUGCUUGCAAGACUUUGAAGAAGGGGGAGGAGACUGUGCAUCGUGAGGUAGAAAUUAUGCAGCAUCUUUCUGGGCAUCCAGGUGUUGUGACGUUAAAGGCUGUUUACGAGGAUGCUGAGUCAUUUCAUCUGGUUAUGGAGCUUUGCUCAGGAGGAAGGUUGCUUGAUCAGAUGACCAAUGAAGGGCGGUACUCUGAACAGCGAGCUGCUAUUUUAAUUAAGGAAUUGAUUCUGGUCAUCAGAUAUUGCCAUGAGAUGGGUGUUGUUCACCGAGACAUAAAGCCUGAGAACAUCCUGCUUACAAGCUCUGGACAGAUGAAGCUUGCAGAUUUUGGAUUGGCUGUGAGAAUUGUGGAUGGUCAGAGCUUGACUGGUGUAGUUGGAAGCCCUGCUUAUGUUGCCCCAGAAAUUCUGGUGGGUGACUACUCGGAAAAGGUAGAUAUUUGGAGUGCUGGCAUCCUCCUUCAUGCACUGUUGGUUGGUUUUUUGCCAUUUCAAGGUGAUUCUUUGGAAAACGUUUUUGAGGCUAUCAAGAAGGACAACCUUGACUUUAUUGGUGGAGUCUGGGAAUGUGUGUCUCCAUCUGCUCGUGAUCUCCUUAGCUGCAUGUUGACAAGGGAUGUUUCAAAUAGAUUUACUGCAGCAGAAGUACUGAGUCAUCCAUGGAUUUUGUUCUACACUGAAUCCACAAUGAAGACUCAUAAGAUCUUGCCAAGUAGGAAAAAACAGGUUAAUAUGACUUCAAGACAGUUGACUGCUAAUACUGGAGUAGAGUCGGAGAGAAACAGAUCAACAAUUUUAAACUCACUCUAUGAUGACUCUAGACCUACUUUUUCCUCCUAUACUUCAGAAAAGAUGCUUGAAGGUGAAGAUUCUGCUUUGGUUGAUAUUCUUGCUGUGGCAAUCUCCCAUGUAAGGAUAUCAGAGCCAAAGAGAAGCAGGCUUUGGAACCCUGUUAGGCCAAUGCAGGCGGAAUGUUCCUCUAACAUGAAGGCUGGCAGCCUCUGUACUGCAUUUUGAUUGAAUUGCUACCUGCUAAUACCUCAGAAAUCACUUCCAAUGUAAAUAUGACUUGGAUGGAAGACAAACAUCAGGAACCGUACCAGACAGCAGUUUAACAAAGAGCGUGAUGAGCUUGAGCAUGUUGACUUUUUAUACUUAGGGAUGUCCUGAUUGUUAAGCAAAGUUUUUGUUUCCCCUUUUCCGAGGAAUUAUAAGGCUAUCCGGUGUGCCUUGUUCACUUUAUUUCUAACUUGACCUAGUAAAUCUUGCAAGCGGGUCUGUAGAUAUCAUGUAAAUACAGAUUUGCUGCUUCUUGGUUGCUUGUUAUGCUUGUCAUGCAGAUAAUAGCUGUCUACUUGACAUUAUGCUGAAGUAGGAAUCAAGAAGAACAUUUAUUGCUCAGCGUGAAAGUUGGAAGGGCUGUAACCAUAUAAGGAUAACAAUUUGUUGUUUUUGGCUGAAAGUGUCUUUGAAUGUCGAUGACUAGGGUUGAUAA